AUGCCGAACGUUGGACCCCGGAUGGCCACGACGUACGCGAAGGCCGAGCACGCGAAGAACAGGGAGGUGGUGAUCAUCGCCUACGGUUCGGAGAUGAACUACCCCGAUGGUGACUCGCCGUUGAACUCGUACUGCGCUGGACACACGGGGAUCGUACAGGAGUAUUGUCGCUGGGCUUUUGGCAAGGAGAACUUUACCUUUCAGACGGUGGACGUUCGAAAUCUCGGCAACCCGGCGGUCAACUACGACGUUCUGAAGCACCUCAGUAUUGGACAGAACGGCAUGUGGCAAGCGCUGGUCUUACUCAUUGGACUCAUCUGGACGUGGUUCGAACUUCGUGGGCCACAGCAAAAACUCGCGUUGUUCUUGCACUGUGCGAAGGGCAAGCACAGGGCGGCUGGGACCGGAGCGCUUCUUUCGAUUGCCACCGGUUUCCCUUGUUAUUUCCCGACGUUCAACUUCCCCAACGUCUGGGACGCGCGGUUCUACUUCGUUCGACUACCCGCUGUUCUGCCGGAAAAGGACGAAAUCAACGACUUCAUUCUCUACGCGGCGGACUACGCGAAGUACCCCUUCAAGUCCGAAGCUCGCCGAGAACUCGCCUGGAAGAUCUGUCAGGUCAAACACAACCUGGUCGAGCCGGACUCGGACCUCGCCACGUGGGUCUAUGAGAACAACCUUCAGGACUCGCAGGACAACGAGGGGUACUACUCGGACACGGAGGAGGAAAAGGUUCUCGCAGACUUCAGAGGCGAGAACAGGACAGUUCGACGGACCAGGAGAAGGCGAAAGGCACCCACGCCGGACAACGCUGAUGAAGAGGAGGAGGACAAACCCGUGGAGCAGUCGUCGAGCUCGGACGAGGAGGAACAGGAACCGGCGGACAUGAAAAAGUUCGAGAACACGAAGAUGUUCCCCGGAGAAGCUGUGGACGAUGAUGGCUUUGUUCGUGUUAACAGAACACGCAAGGGCAAAAAGCUCGGUCUGGACGACGACGUACCUCCCAAGAUGUGCCCGGAGAACUACACCGCGGUGGACAUGCUCGAGUUCGCGCUGUACAAGGCACGCCAACGCGGUGGACAAGUCGCGGUGGACAACCUCUGUUUGGAGAUGGCCAAGGAGAGAGAGUCUUGGCAGAAGAAAUAG